UGCAGGAAAAAAGGGAGAGAGAAGGCAGAAUGCAAUGCUCAUAUGCUUCCUGGGUCUCAACGCCCUCUUCUUCACAAUUUCUCAAACUCUCAAAUCCAAAGGUAAACCUAGCAAUUGCUCAACGAACCCAGUUUCAAAGGAAUUCUUCUUAUCAGGGUUAUGGGUUUGAGAAUACUGAUAAUUUAGUGGGAUUUGAUUUCCGUUUACCUUCUCAUGUGGAAUCCAUAACUAGCACUUCUAACCCAUUUGUGAAACACUGUCUCAAGCUCCGCAACAGCUCCUCUUAUCGCCACUCUCACGGUUCAGUUCUUGUUGUUGGUGCCACCCCCAUAAGUGAAAUAUGCAGGUAUUGGGAGACGUUAGAAGGGAGAGCAGUUGGAAUUGAUUGUUUGUUACUACUUGAUAAGGCUGAGAUUCCUGAAGGGCUGGAUGAUAUGUCAGUUCACAUUGUGCGUGUGAGCUCGGCAGUGAUAAAGAAGCUUUCUGGGGUGCAGUCAACAGAGUCUACUGAAGCAAUUGCCUUAAUGAGAAUUUCUACCAAUUUCUCCAAUGUAGAUGUUAGUCAAAAUAGUGCAGAUUGUAAGACGUGGUUCCCUUUCCCACACCGGGUUCUAGUACUCGAUGGGAUCCAGGAAUCUUCUGGACAUGUUGCUUCACUAAUUCAUGAGAGUUGUUCCAUGCAGGACCCUGGUAACCUAGGAACUCUGAUUCGAUCAGCUGUGGCCUUUAGAUGGGGUGGUGUCUUUCUACUUCCUGGCUGUUGCGACCCAUUCAAUGAGAAAGCACUCCGUGCUAGUCGAGGUGCUUCCUUUCAGCUGCCUAUAGUUUCAGGCUCUUGGAAUGAUCUUGAAGCCCUUGAAGAUGAAUUCCAACUGCGGAUGCUUGCCGGACAUUCGGCUAGUGACAGAGAAAUGAAACAGCUAUCAUCCUUAUCUCAAGGGUAUACAGAAUCAUUAGUAGAUGUACCAUUGUGCUUGGUUCUGGGUAGCGAAGGCCUUGGCCUUUCAGAGAAAUCUCGGCAGAAAUGUGAGCUUGUCAGCAUCCCCAUGGCCGGAAGAUUUGAGUCGCUCAAUGUUUCAGUUGCUGGUGGAAUUUUCUUGUACAUGUUACAGCCUAGAAACAACCAGAUGUUUGUGUAAUAAAUUUACUCCAUAUAAUUAUAGAAAAUCUAGGGUUGAUGGUUGCAGUUAAAGAUGUCUUUGCAGCUUAGAUGUCAAUUGGUUUCAUUCUGUUUAAUAUAUCUUGUGAAAUCAAACUAAAA